AUGGUCGCCACCCGCACACUCUUCGUUCCGUUCCUCCUCGUUGCGGCUGCUCUCGCCACUGACGUCGAUUCUGAGUUCGGCUCCGUCGAGGCCCUGGCGCCAGAUUGUAAAUCAACGUGCGAUCCAGUGCAGAAGACUGCUGAUGGAUGUAGCCAGACUGACAUCAAGUGCCUAUGCACAGACAACAACAGCGACGCCUUUGCAAAAUGUUUCGACUGCGCUGCUGGUCAUGUCAACAACGCCACUAUUACUUCCCAGUUGCAAGGGUUGAUGGAUGCUUACGUUGGGGCAUGCAAGUCUGGCGGAGUCACUGUGAAAUCUCAGACGAUUCGUGCCAACGGUGCUCUGUCGCUUCACUCUACGGUAGGCGCUACCGCCGCGAUGGGUCUCGUUAUCGUUGGGAUGUUCUCCAUGUUGUAA